GGCACCGAGGGCGUUAAACUCUGGGAUACCAGAUCACGAAAAGAACUCACAUGCUCUCCCCUUAACUGCGAGUCGCGGGGUACAGUCAGCUGUGCUGUCUGGAUCACCACAAGACUAGGCAUGGCGGAAACACUUUGUUAUGGAACCGGUUUAGGUUACGUGGCAUUCUUGUGGCGUAGCCCAAUAGAUAUGCAUUUUCAGGAGAUUUGCGUUAGGAGACUCGGAUCGGGCUUUGAAAUUACUUGCAUGUCAUGGGAUCCGACGUCCUCCGAUGCAGGUGCGCGGAUAGCAAUCGGAACGAGGGACAAAAUAGUUCAGGUCCUUGUCCUCAACACAAAUUCGCAACUGCAGGCUGUGUUUUCAGUGCAACUAGACAACACAGUACCUAAGUCUGUCGCAUUUGCAGACGACCGAGGUGUCUAUGCAUUUGGACUGUACGAUGGUAAUUUCAUCAAGUUGAAUGGCGACGACGGCACGGUGGUGAAGGAGUAUACCUGUAAAUCAGUGAUCGGUCACGCAGCCGUCAAUCAGAAGAGAGGCGUGUUCAUGGUCGACAAUGCAGCAGACGGUUUUACGCUGUACCGACUUGACGGCAACGAGGAGCCAGUUCGAACAUUCAUAACUGCUCCUCCGAGUGUGUCAGUACCCAAACAGGUGGCAUUCAGAGCAGAAGGAAGAUUGAUUGUAGGAGGAAGCGACAAUGGAUCAGUGUAUGUAUUUGAAAGGAAGACAGGCAAGCUACUUGACACUCUUCGCCACUCCAAUGGAGGCCUGGUGCAGACCAUCGCUGUAGGUAUUGAAUUUUUGCCAAGGAUAAGAUAUUGA